GUCACUAUUUCAUCGAUAGGGUGGUCGUUUCUGCUCUGACGCCCUUUAUUUGUCGCGACAAGUUAUCCUUUCACAACCGGUAUAUCCGGGUACUAUGCGAAUCCAUUGAUAGGUGCUCAUAAAUAUACUACACUUCCAUUCACACGGCCCCAGGGAAAGAAACAAAGCCAUGCUCAUGUGGCGUGUUUUCCUCCUGUCCAACCUUCAUCCUCUCAUUCUCGCAUUCGUCUCCCAGAAACUAUGACUGGCAAUAAAGCCUUCAGGACUAGCGUCGUCCGCAGUGCCGCCGUCGCAAUACUUGAGUCCUUGCAAGCCCUAGACGUACAUUGGGCUAUCUAUGGUGAUCUGGCAUGGCAUCUUCUCUGUGGUUCAGCGACCGGCGGCUCUUGGCGACUGGACGUCCAUGUCAUGGGUGAUACUGCGACCCUCGCGUAUGCAACCGGGCGCUUAGCGAGCACGGAUCCCCGGUUCUCUCUGACCAAGCAGGCCUUCAAUAGUAAAGCUGCGAUGGCUUAUACUCACGAUGUGCUCAACGAUGGGUCGCCGACGAAGAAGCACGAAUGUCGGGUCAACUUUGUUUGUAGUCACUUGAGAGACUUGUUCAUCGUCAAGGACCUUCCCCUUCUUCCUAUUCAAUUGAUUCUGUACCGACACAUGGAGGCCCAUUUCCAAAGGUCGGAGAAGAGAUUGAAGAAGGCCAUGGACAAAGUCAUCGUGAUUAGUGAGGCAUAUCUGCGUCUUCCUAACCUACCACCUUCUGUAUGGAGCCUCACUCCUGCAGAGCGACCACUGUUCCUCGAUUAUUUAGCUAAGAUAAUGUCUGCAUUACCUGAUACUGCAGAUUUAUUGGCCCGUCUUCAUCCUGUACCACUUCCUGUCGCCACCAUGUCGCCUGCUCCACCUCCCAUCGUAUCAGCUGCAGAGUCCGAUUCGACCAGUGUCGUGGAGAUUUCUUCUUCAUCUGUCCAGGAACGAAAACAACUGUUUCACUCGGAAACCGUUCUUGCUGCUACACGUACCGUAUCAUCGUGCAUUCGUCAGCAAGGACAUGACUGCUUCCUUGCCGGACCAGGAUAUGUUCCUUGGUACAUCAUGGGUUCGCCUAUUGUUCCAAAGGUAUGUCCGCUAACUACCUUAAAUUGCUCCUUCGCACUCAAAUUUCAAAAUACAGAAUGAUCGCAUCGACUUUUUGGUUAUUUUGCGUAACGACAAUUCCCUUGGCUCGCUUCAGCGCAUUCUGUGCAGGCAAGGCGUUCUGAAAGCA